AUGGGGACUGGAAUGAGCAAGGUUGUCAAAGGCCUCUACCUCGGGAACAUCCGUGACUCCGAGGACCGGGAAAACCUGCUGAGGAACGGGGUGACGCACAUCCUCUCCGUCCACAACAGCGCCAAGCCAGUGCUGGAGGACAUGACCUAUCUCUGUAUCUCGGCCUCGGAUUCAUCCAGUCAAAACCUGCUGCAGCAUUUUAAGGAGUGCAUCAAGUUCAUCCACGAAUGCCGGCUCGGUGGGGGAGGCUGCCUCGUCCAUUGCCUGGCUGGGGUCUCCCGGAGCACCACUAUCCUGGUGGCUUACCUCAUGACGGUGACCGAGCUCGGCUGGGAGGGCUGCCUGGCCGCCACCAAGGCCGUGCGCUCCUACGUCAGCCCCAACUUUGGCUUCCAGCAGCAGCUGCAGGAGUACGAGGUGACCUUGCUGCAGGAGUACCGCGCCUGGAUCCGCCGUGACUAUGGCAGGAACCCAUUCAAGGACCAGGAGGAGCUGCAGUGCUUGCUGGCCCAGCAGGAGCAGAGGCAGAAGGAGCAGCAGCUGGGGAGCAGGGAUUGCUCCUGGCUCCGCUCUCCAGCUCCCACCUACCCGCUGCCCUACCACGCCGGUGGCACCAGCAGAAGCAGAUGGCUGAACAGAUAA